UCGUCACUCAUUUGCAUACUACGGAACAGCGGCUGCGUUCGCGGGAAACCGGCUGGCGUCGUAGGCCUCCAGCCGCCUCGUUUCAUAAUAAAUCUAUAGUUAUUGUCGAACAGUUUAGUUUCAAAUCUUAGCACUUUCUUUUAAAAGCAUCCGACGUAGUUGUCUUUCUCGCACGGUCGUCAGUUUGAACUGUCGUCCGUGUUUUUACGUCGGCUAACACGCCGAGUUUCACGGCACAAGACAGCUUCUAACCAGGACAAAAGGCUUCCGCUGACAGGGAUGAGAUAGCACGGCAACAUGAGCCACUUCAACUUGGAACGUUUUCGUUUUCACAAGACAUCCGUCAAAUUGCAGGAGCGCUGCUCCAAAAGCCCCGAGUCCGAGAAAGAGAACAAACCAGGUAAUAUGAAACCUGCCAAAGCGUCAUCAAAAUCACAUACCCGAGGGGUGGUUUUUGAUGAGGUCAUUGAGCUGUCUGACGACCACGACGAUGAUCAGGCAAAGAGACACUCCAGGGCACCUGUAGAAAAAUCCUCUCAAAGCGUCACAAAGGAUGAGCAAGACGAGGAAGAAAAAAUAUCAAAACUGACCGAGAUAUUCCCUCAUUUUUCAAGGCAGAAGCUCUUGGAGGUCAUUGGAAGUACCAGCACAUUGGAUGGAGCUGUUGCUGCGUGUCUGCUGAUGCCUGGUCAUAAAGACCCGGGUUGUGUCAGGAAGAGAAAGCAGGAUGGAUCGGACAGCUCACAGAACAGCCCAGAUGCUCAACCCAUCAAAAAAAGGAGACACUCAGUGGCAUCUGAUGAUGUUGAUGAUGACUGCAAAGUGGAUGAACCGAAGUGGGAGAAGAAGGAGUCAAUGGUCAGAAAGCUGCAGAAGAGGUUUCCCGAUCAGGACAAGGAGGAGCUACGCAUGGUUCUGCAGGAACAUGACUGGAAUGUCGAUGAAGCGCUCCAGGUUCUGCUAAUGUUCUCUGACCCAGAUAGCGUCGGCUCACCUGACUACGUACCAAAGAAUUCCCAGCAAUCAAAGCGCAACCGAGACGAGUCGCAAACCAAAUUGCACAAACACCGGAGUUCGGAUAAAAGGAAAAACAAGACUGGUGCUAACAAAUCCAAACACCUCAGGGAUGUGAGCGAGUCUGAGGACCAUUCAGGCGACGCAGUGGACAGUGAUGAACAUUCAGACCACAAAGACGAAGAACAGUCCACAAACAGAAGCUCUAAUUCCCCCCUGUCCUCAUGGUUAGUAAAAACAACCUCUACCUCUCAGAAGCCAUCUUCUUCCACCUCCUCCGCUGCCCAAGUGCUGUCCAGGUUCACCAGCGCAACCAGCAUGGCUCAGAAGCAAGCGGCUGAGAGAAAGAAACAAGCGCAUACCUCCGACGAGUGCUUCAGUUCUGAGGAUGAAGAGGACGACGAGAGCGACUUUGACAAUUCCGACGAAGACUUGACAACAUCUAAAAGCUCGGGAGAUAUGAAGGAGCAGGUUCUCCUGUUCUUCCAGGAAUCCACCAUCGACGAGCUGGCGCUGAUUUCUGGGUGCUCCGUUAAGAAAGCCAUGAAGAUAGUGCAGCUGAGACCCUUUAAAAACUGGAUAAGCCUGACCGAACUCAUCCACAAGAACAACGGGCUCUCCGAGGACCUCCUGCUGGGCUGCAAAGUGGUUCUUAAGGAGCGCAGCAUCGUGCGGCGACUCAUGUCCAGUUGCGAGACCAUUUCCUCCAAGAUGGUGAAGCAGGUCACGGAGGUGAUGAAGAACGGCACGGGAGCCGUGAAACAGCCCGGCUUUCUCAACGACCAGCUCCAGUUGAAACCCUAUCAGCUCAUCGGUCUGAAGUGGCUGCUGCUUCUGCACGAGCACCAACUGAGCGGCAUCCUCGCCGAUGAAAUGGGUUUGGGUAAAACCAUCCAGGCUAUUGCCUUCCUUGCCCAGUUACUCCAGAAUGGAAUAGAGGGUCCUCACCUCAUCGCUGUGCCUGCUUCUACACUCGAUAACUGGGUCAGAGAGCUGAAAUUGUGGUGUCCGAGUCUUCAAGUCAUAGUUUAUUACGGCUCUGUGGAGGACCGCCGCUACCUCAAGCACGACAUUCUCAACGGAGACGUUGAAUUCAACGUCAUUGUCACCACGUACAACUUUGUCAUCGGGAACGACAGCGACCGCGGCCUGUUCCGCAAGCUGCACCUCACGUACGCCAUCUUCGACGAAGGCCACAUGCUGAAGAACAUGAAAACGCUGCGCUACCGCCACCUCAUGUCUAUCAAUGCCAAGCAUCGCUUGCUGCUUACUGGCACUCCUUUGCAGAACAACCUUUUGGAGCUCAUGUCGCUCCUUAACUUCAUCAUGCCUUCGCUGUUCUCCAGCUCCACCACACAGCUCUCUAAAAUGUUUUCUCUGAAAUCGCAAGAGGAGCAGAGUCGUUUUGAGAAAGAUCGCAUCUCUCAGGCCAAACGCAUCAUGAAACCAUUCAUCCUCAGACGAGUCAAGAGCGAGGUCCUCCAGCAGCUGCCUGCCAAGGAGGUGAAGGUGGAGUUCUGCCCCAUGAGUGAGAAGCAGCAGGUUCUCUACCAGAGUCUCUUGAAAAAAUUCAAGGCUUCCACCGGUGGCGAGAAGCGGGAGUUGAAUAAUGUAAUUAUGCAGUUACGGAAGAUGGCCAACCAUCCACUGCUUCAUCGACAAUACUACACCACGGAGAAGCUCAGAGCCAUGAGCAAACUCAUGCUCAAGGAGCCAACUCACGUUGAUGCGGACGCGGCGUUGAUCCAGGAGGACAUGGAGGUGAUGUCAGACUUUGAGCUGCAUCGUCUCUGCCAGCAGUACUUGUCCAUCGGCUCCUACCAGUUAGAGAACCAUCUGCUCCUUGACUCUGGGAAGUUCCACUGCCUCACAGAGAUGCUGGCGUCGCUCAAAGAGAAGGGUGAUCGGGUUGUGCUGUUCAGUCAGUUCACCAUGAUGCUGGACAUUGUGGAGGUACUGCUGAAGCAUCUCAGUCAUCGUUACGUUAGACUGGAUGGAUGCACGCCGAUAGCGGACAGGAUUGUUCUGAUUGACGAGUUCAACACAGACAGCGAUAUAUUUAUAUUUCUGCUGUCGACCCGUGCCGGCGGCCUCGGCAUCAACCUCACGUCGGCCAAUGUUGUUAUUUUGCACGACAUCGACUGGAACCCCUACAACGACAAGCAAGCCGAGGACCGGUGUCACCGCGUGGGUCAAACCAGGACUGUGCAGGUCAUUAAAAUGAUCAGCAAUGGCAGCAUCGAGGACGAUAUACUGCAGCUGGGCCAGAGGAAGCUCAAACUGGAGCAGGACAUGACUGCUGCCGAACAGAGUGGUGAGGGGACCAUACCUGAAGACAUGGCAUCUUUGCUCAAAGCUUCACUGGGACUGUGAUAUUCUUAUUAACAUGAGAAACUAAAGUACUUGAGUGGGUGAAAGGGGGGUGGGGGGGAUUUUCCACUGACAUCUCCAAUCCUGGGAAGUCUUGAAUUUAAUUUUUUUUUUUUUGACAAAACUGACACUGACACCUUCUGCUGUAUGAUGAAGAUCAGCAGUGUCGAAACACUGAACAAACAGUGUGCCUUUUCAGUGUUUUUCUCCUCAGAGCAUAACGAGGGCCUCGAGCUUUCACUUUCAGACCUCAAACUGAUGACUAAAAAUUGCGGGAAACUGCGCUGAAACCUGAUAAACGGCACAAACCGUCGCUUGGUGAGUUUGAUUUCAGUCAAACAUCAGUUAGACGUAUGCAAGAUACAAGUCACAUGACAAAGAAAAGACUUCUAGGUGCCACCAGAGGGCAUCAUUUUGUUCAAUGCUAUUAGAAAAGAAGAGGAGAUAACAUAAGCAGCAUGCUAUAAGCAUAGCAGAGAACCACCGCAUCCGGUAUUAUUGUGAACUUGAACAAAGCAAAAGUUAUGGGGGAAAUUAAUUUUUGCAGGUUUUUCUUCAACAAAUUUAGUCUAACAAGCAGCUGCUACAUGGACGUAGACGACUGUAUGAUUGGUUGACUAACGUGGUAAGUGUUACUCUUUUGUAAGGCAUUUUUCAAAUGUGAAUGUUUCGUUGUGUUUGUUCGAGUUUUAAUAAAUAAAAUUGUAUCAAAUUAAUGC